AUGAUGGAAUUCAGGCACUCCGAAAAAUAUCACAAUGAAUGUAGUGACAAUCAAAAGAAACAAACCGCGGUGGAGUACCAGUUGCCAAAGGACCUUUUGUGCACCCAGUGCAUCCUCCAAUGGAGAUAUGUGGCAGGCAACAAUUGGGGCAUGUGCAAGAAUGGGACAGGGAUGCUGGGAUGUGGCCCACAAGAAGAAUUCAGGGCCUGUGCAGACAUAGCUAUUCUUGGAGAUGGUGAAGUGACUACAUUUGAGGACUAUCCAGAACAGGAUAUUGUGCCUCAUUCACCAGAUGAUGCAGACAAUGAGAUUGACUCUGACCUGCACAAGAAAGGAGAGGAGACGGAAGAAGACGAAGAAUUCCGCGUGGGAGAAAGAGUGGCGGCCAUUUUGUGCGCUUUUAUGCUCACGUCUUUGGUGUUGCUUUUGGCUCUGUGGCUUUCGUAUGUGGGCAAGAAGCGGAUUGUGGCCUUCUGUGGUGGCCUGGCACCACCUAAAGUCACCUACUUCACAAAGUUUUUGAAGCCGCAGAAAGGAACCUCGAAACCCGGGAUUCCCAGCACCGACCCCUACGGCACUCCAUCGGCCGCCAUUCACGCGGCCUUGGAGCGCGGAGAAAAGCCGCCAGUGGCGCCAUCUCGUAGCGUGAAGCCCCCCGCCAUCUACCACAACGGAUUCACCAAUGCCACACUCACUGCCCCGGGCAGCAGUGCUGGGGGAGAGCCGAAGCGGCCCUCGGUGGCGCCGCCGCCACCGCCCAGCAGGCCGCCGCGACAACGAUCCCCGAAACGACAGACGUCUUUGGGCGCCGACGACGAGAGGACGACUGAUGCCGAGAGCAGCAUCACUGUCAACGGCGUCGCCUUGCCGGAUUGAAUCAGUGAAGAGUCACUUUCGUGAAUUCAAUGCGAUGUAUACGAGCAGGGUAUGAUGUCGAUAUGAUGACACCCACGAAAGGGUAUACCGUUUCGUGAGAAUCAAUUACAAAUAUGGACACCAGCCUGAGCAGCUUACCAAUAUCCGUGUGGGAAAACUUUAUUUUCUCGCCUGUUAUAGUGAAUCCCAAUUACUUCAAAUGCACUACUUUUCAUGAAGAGCAUUUUAAAAAGAAUACAGUUUGAUACAGAGCCUGUUGAGAAGCAUACGGCUUCAUAAAAAGCUCCAAGUUUUGAAAAUAAACAUGCUCAUAAUUAGGAUGAAGCUCUAAAAAUGCUUCAAGUUUGGAAAAGAACAUGCUGAAGAGGAUGAAGUUUCACAAAGUGCGUGUUACAAUUUUGUAAAGAGCAUGUUAAAAAUGAAUAAGUUUCAUAAAGCGCCUGUUGAAAAACAUAGUUUUAAUAAUAGUAUUACAAAGUUUGGUGAAGGUCAUGCUGAAGAGCAUAAUAGAGCAUACAAAUUUAUGAGUAGCACGAAGUUUGAUAAAGAGCAUGAAGUUUGGUGAAGAGCAUAAUGCUUGAUAACAAGGAUAGACAUUAUUCGAGAGCAUGUUGAAGAGCAUACAGUUUCUUAGAGCAUAUAAAAUUUGAUUUAGAUCAUAAGGUUUGAAUUGGAGCAUACAGUUUGAAUAAGGGCAUAAAGUUUGAAUAAGAGCAUAAAGUUUGACAAAGAGCAUACAGUUUUAUGAAGAGAAUGAAGUUUGAUAAAAAAAAAGCUCGUUUAAGAUGAUAACGUUUUUUUUAUCAGUCUCUUAAAGAGCAUACAGUUUCAUAAAAAGCAUGAUCAUCUGAGCUUCUGAUCAUUAGAAUUUUUUUUAUGAUGAUUUCUUGAAAAUAUUUUAUUCAAGAAUAAAAUAUUGAAACUUGAUGCAAAAUGAAACAAAGCAGCAGUGAUUUUUCAUAAGAAAUGCCCCACAAAAGAAUUAUCAUCAACCCCAUUAAUGUUUGUUGCAGUGCUUUCAGGUCAGAUACUGUUUCUAAAGUCUAAAUUAUGUCUUGAAAAUAAAUCUUCCUCAUGAAUGUAACUUUCUGUAUCCAAGAGAGGCUCUUUAUUCAUGUUUCAAAAAUUAAAAUGAUUUAUUUUUAAUGUAUUAGAUUUGCGUUUCAUUGCCAGGUGAGAAGUUCCCAACUUCAUUUGAGUUGUCAAACAUCAUGCUUUCAUGACUGCUCCUUUGUAGAAACAUUAAGAGCAGAGAUUCUCAGGUUUUGUAUGGGUUUCAUGUGAUCUUGAGGCAAACAGUGAAUCUUUCAAAAAUAUUGAACUGUAUCAUUCCUGAGAUUUUACUUUUCUAAGACUUCAAACAUAUUUCUCUCCUGAAAGAAAAAUCUAUACUGCAGAAUAUCUGAAACUUGACGAUGAAAUGUUUCGAUUCAUAAUUGAAGCUCAUUAUUGCAACAAAGUUGAGAAAACUCUGUCCCUAGAUGUGACUAGAAGGAAAAAUUGAAGGAGUUGUCAGUCAUAUCAUUUCAGAAGGUCAUUCAGGCAUUCAUUUUGAAACACGUUUUUCUUUCUGGUGUGAAUGCGUUGAUUCUCUUGAGCCAAGCGUUCUGUUGAAAAAAAAAAGAAUCUGUAUUUUACUUGUGUAGACACAAAUAGUGUUUCCAGAAGUGUACCAAUAUACUCUUGCCAAGUCUUUUGGAGGAAAAAUAAAAAGAUGCAUUGAAAAUGAAAAAAAUA